CACGUCUCUCUGCAAUAAAAUGCAUCAGAUAUGUUUGUGCAUAACCUCUCGGUAAUUGUUCGUAUCAUUGACAUAUGGUCGUGAGAGAGUGAAACUCGAGAAAAUUACAAAUUACGGGAUUAUGGAGAAACAUAUAAAGUCUAUUGAAAGAAAUGGCAAUUCACAAUUGCUGGGUAUACUGAUCGCUGUGUUUGCUGUUAUUAUAACAUUAGUUUUGUUUGCACUUUGGCGCAAAAGAAAGUCUGCGGGUCAUAGUAUCCUUUUAACAGGUCUCAGUGACAGUGGAAAAACGUUGAUCUAUGCGAGAUUGUUAUGUUCUAAAUUUGUCAAGACAUAUACAUCUGUUAAGGAAAAUGUAGGACAUGUUGAAAUCAACAAUAAUUCCUUGAGACUAGUGGAUAUUCCUGGAGAUGAGCGAUUGCGCAACAAGUACUUUGACAAGUAUAAAUCAUCUGCCAAAGGUUUGGUUUAUGUGAUUGAUUCAGUGACUAUUCAGAAGGAGAUUAGAGAUGUGGCUGAAUAUUUAUACAAUGUGUUAUCGGAUUCUAAUAUACAAAGAAAUGUUCCCAUCCUUAUAUUAUGUAAUAAACAGGAUCAAACUAUGGCUAAGGGAUGCGCAGUGAUAAGAACAUUAUUAGAAAAAGAAAUAAAUCUGCUGCGAAUGACAAAGACGAGUCAGUUAGAAGCCACAGAUGCGUCUUCAACCAAUGUCUUCCUGGGGAAACAAGGAAAAGAUUUCGAAUUUUCACAUUUAGACUCUGAUAUUGAUUUUGCAGAAUCAUAUGCAUUUAAUAAAGAUUCUCAAACAUCAGCUGAUAUCGAGGAAUUUAACAAGUGGUUACAUAAGAUUGCAUAAUAAUGUAUACUAGAUUUUGUUAAAUAUAAAUUAUUCCUUUGUAAA